CCUCUGGCCUUUUCCUGUCCCCCACCCAGUGCAGGGAGCUGGGGCACAGGCAAAGACUACAAGAGCGGAGGGAGCAGGGACUAACUUGGGCCAACGGAGCCAGGGCCUCCGGGUGCUGCUGGACCCGAAGCAGGGGCCAUGCUAUCUGGUGAAAGGAAGGAGGGCGGAAGCCCCCGCUUCGGGAAGCUACAUCUCCCGGUGGGCCUGUGGAUCAAUUCCCCCAGGAAGCAGCUCGCCAAGCUGGGGCGGCGCUGGCCCAGCGCUGCCUCUGUCAAGUCCUCAUCUUCCGACACGGGGAGUCGCAGCAGCGAGCCGAUGGCUCCCCCGCCACCGCACGUGGAACUGCGGCGCGUGGGCGCCGUGAAGGCGGCGGGGGGCGCCUCGGGCAGCCGCGCCAAGCGCAUCUCUCAACUUUUCCGGGGCUCAGGAACCGGGGCUUCGGGGACCGGCGGGGGAGGGGUCCCGGGAACCCCGGGGGCGGCGCAGCGCUGGGCCAGCGAAAAAAAGCUGCCCGAGCUGGCGGCGGGCGUCGCCCCCGAGCCCCCGCUGGCCACCCGCCCCACAGCACCCCCGGGAGUCCUCAAGAUCUUCGGGGCGGGGCUGGCGUCGGGGACCAACUACAAGAGCGUGCUGGCCACGGCGCGCUCCACGGCACGCGAGCUCGUGGCCGAGGCGCUGGAGCGCUACGGGCUGGCCGGCAGCUCCAGCGGCGGCCCAGGCGAGAGCAGCUGCGUGGACGCCUUCGCGCUGUGCGACGCGCUGGGUCGGCCCGCAGCGGGCGGCACGGGCGGCGGCGAGUGGCGCGCGGAGCACCUGCGAGUGCUGGGCGACUGGGAGCGCCCGCUGCUGGUGCAGGAGCUGUGGCGCGCGCGGCCCGGCUGGGCGCGGCGUUUUGAGCUGCGCGGCCGCGAGGAGGCGCUGCGCCUGGAGCAGGAGGCCUUCGGGGCGGCUGACGGCAAAGGCACGGGCGCCCCCUCCUGGCGGCCGCAGAAAAGUCGCUCCCGGGCCGCAUCUGGAGGGGCGGCGCUGGCCAGUCCUGGUCCAGGGUCGGGAUCUGGAACCCCGGCUGGGUCCGGGGGCAAGGAGCGCUCGGAAAACUUAUCCCUGCGGCGCAGCGUAUCGGAGCUCAACCUGCAAGGUCGGCGUCGGCGGCAACAGGAACGCAGGCAGCAGGCGCUUAGCAUGGCUCCUGGGGCAGCCGAUGCCCAGAUUGGACCUGGAGACCCCGGAGAUCUCGAUCAGUUAUCUCAGUGCCUCAUCCAAGCUCCUAGCAAUCACCCCUACUUUCUGCUGCUCCAGGGAUACCAGGACGCUCAGGACUUCGUGGUGUACGUGAUGACGCGGGAGCAGCACGUGUUCGGCCGGGGCAGGACCCCGUCGUCCUGCAGCGGAUCCCCUGCCCCAUACGUGGACACCUUCCUCAACGCCCCUGACAUCCUGCCGUGUCACUGCACAGUGCGCGCGGGCCCUGAGCCCCCAGCCAUGGUGCGCCCAUCCAGGGGCGCCCCAGUUACGCACAACGGGUGCCUCCUGCUGCGAGAGGCCGAGCUGCACCCCGGCGACCUGCUGGGGCUGGGCGAGCACUUCCUGUUCAUGUACAAGGACCCGCGCGCCAGUGGCUCUGGGCCGGUUCGGCCCCCGUGGCUGCCCGCGCGCCCCGGGGCCACGCCUCCCGGCCUCGGCUGGGCCUUCUCCUGCCGCCUGUGCGGCCGCGGCCUGCAGGAGCGCGGCGAGGCGCUGGCCGCCUACCUGGACGGCCGCGAGCCCGUCCUGCGCUUCCGGCCGUGCGAGGAAGAGGCGCUGCUGGGCGAGAUCGUGCGCGCCGCGGCCUCGGGCGCCGGGGCCCUGCCACCGCUCGGACCCGCCACGCUGCUCGCGCUGUGCGUGCAGCAUUCCGCCCGCGAGCUGGAGCUGGGCCACCUGCCGCGAAUGCUGGGCCGCCUGGCCCGGCUCAUCAAGGAGGUCGUCUGGGAAAAAAUUAAGGAAAUUGGAGACCGUCAGCCAGAGAACCACACAGAAGGUGUCCCUGAGGUGCCCCUGACUCCUGAGGCUGUGUCUGUGGAGCUGCAGCCACUAAUGCUGUGGAUGGCCAACACCACAGAGCUGUUGAGCUUUGUGCAGGAGAAGGUGCUGGAAAUGGAGAAGGAAGCUGACCAGGAUGACCCACAGCUCUGCAAUGAUCUGGAAUUAUGUGAUGAGGCCAUGGCCCUCCUGGAUGAAGUCAUCAUGUGUACCUUCCAGCAGUCUGUCUACUACCUCACCAAGACUCUUUAUUCAACAUUGCCUGCUUUGCUGGACAGCAACCCUUUCACAGCUGGGGCAGAGCUGCCCGGCCCCGGCUCAGAGCUGGGGGCCAUGCCCCCGGGUUUGAAGCCUACCCUAGGCGUGUUCCAGGCAGCCCUGGAAUUGACCAGCCAGUGCGAGCUGCAUCCGGACCUUGUGUCUCAAACUUUUGGCUACUUGUUCUUCUUCUCCAAUGCAUCCCUUCUCAAUUCACUGAUGGAACGAGGGCAAAGCCGACCUUUCUACCAGUGGUCCCGAGCUGUCCAGAUCCGCACCAACCUGGACCUUGUCUUGGACUGGCUGCAGGGGGCUGGGCUGGCUGACAUUGCUACUGAGUUCUUCCGGAAACUCUCCAUUGCUGUGAACAUGCUCUGUGUACCCCGUACCUCUCUGCUCAAGGCCUCCUGGAGCAGCCUACGAACUGACUACCCCACCCUCACCCCAGCUCAGCUCCACCAUCUGCUCAGCCACUACCAGCUGGGUCCUGGGCUCAGGCCACCACCGGCCUGGGACCCUCCCCCAGCAGAGCGAGAUGUAGUGGCCACAGGGGACAUCUUCGAAAGCUUCUCCUCUCAUCCUCCCCUCAUUCUGCCCCUGGGCAGCCCACGCCUGCGCCUCACAGGUCCAGUGACAGACGACGCUCUACACUGUGAGCUGCGCAGGCUCCGUCGCCUGCUUUGGGAUCUUGAGCAGCAGGAGCUUCCGGCCAAUCACCGCCACGGAGUUCCCGUGACCACGCCUCCCUAAAAAACCAAUAGCAAGCGACCGCGCGAACCUUGAAACUUCCUCGGCUCCAAAACUGGAGAGUUGAGCUUUCUGGGAGUUGUAGUUCUUGUCCCGCGCGGGAAGUAGGAGGUUGAUUUCGGAUAGUAAAGAAUAAGACAGUGAGAAGAUGGGCUUGGGAUGUGAGUGUCAAGGGGCAAUAAAAGCAUAUGUGGUAUUA